GCAACAAAGAUUUGUGCGGGAAUCGUGUGUUUAUUCGGCUUUCUUAAUCCCUGAUUGAUACAUGUGUUUUUCUCUCUCUCUAAAAUUAAUUCCAUUGAUUGAGAAUUGCUUUGAGUUGCUAUUAUGGAUAACGAUUUGCCAUACAUUGUUGAAUAUUCGAAAAGCAGUAGAGCAUCAUGUAAAGUUUGCAAGAAUAAAAUUGAGAAGGAUUGUCUACGCAUGGGAAUAAUGGUUCAGUCUGCUCAUUUUGAUGGAAAAGUUCCUCUCUGGCAUCAUUCUAGCUGUUUUUUCAAGAAGAAAAAAAUAAAAACAACUGCUGAUAUUGCCAAUUUUAAUAAUAUACGGUGGGAAGAUCAAAAAACAAUUAAAGAUCACGUGGAGGGAAGUGGCACUACCAAUAAUAAAGCUGCUUCAAAAGGAAUUAAGGAAGCUUCUGAUUUUUUAAUUGAAUAUGCAAAAUCAAGUCGCAGUUCUUGUAGGGAAUGCAGUGAAAAAAUUCAGAAGGGGGAAAUUCGUAUUGCAAAAAUUGACAGUGAAAGCCCAGAUGCUCAACGUUAUGGACCUAUACCAAGGUGGCACCAUGCCGAUUGUUUUGUAAAAGAAAGGCAGACGUUAGAGUUUACUGAUGAUGCUGAAACGUUGCCUGGCUUCAAUGCCCUUUCUGAUGAAGAUAAAGAAAUAAUUAAAGGAAAGUUACCACCUUUGGGAGUGAAACGGAAGAGUGAGACCAAAUUACCUGUAUCGGAAAAAAAAUCAAAGAAAGCUGAUAAGAAGGAAGAUGAAGUUUUAAAAGCCCAAAAUAAGCUCCUUUAUGACAUGAGAGAUAAACUUCAGGCAAAUUUGUCUAAAAAGGAUCUGAUAGCUUUGUUGGAGUAUAAUGGUCAACAUAUUUCAAAGGGUGAAAGUAGUCUCUUAGAUCAUUUGUCAGAUUGUUUAAUUUUUGGAGCUUUGAAAUUAUGUCCGGAGUGUAAGAAUAGUAAACCACGUUAUAAAUUUGAUGGUUAUCAUUGUUCUGGAGAUGUGACAGAGUGGACUAAAUGUCAGUACGUUACCAAAUCCCCAGAAAGAGAGAUGUUCAAGAUACCUAAGGAGUUCAAAGAGGAAUAUGAUUUUCUGAAAGAUUAUAAGUAUGUGAAGCGGAAAAGACUCUUUCCUUCAAAUCCUGAGCGUCCUUCUUCAAGCACAAACAAAGGACUUCCAUUAGAAAAUUUCAGAAUUGCUGUCCGUGGAAAGUUUCAGGUUCGCAGAGAACUUAUAACAAAACUAGUGAAGGAAUUAGGUGGAACGAUUCAUGACAAAUUGGAUAGUUUUACAUCACUGAUUAUUAGUUCUCCUGGUGAAGUUGAAAAAGGUGGUAAGAUUAUGACAAGGGCUCAUCUAUUAAACAUACAUGUUGUCUCAUAUAACUUUUUGGAUGCUGUUAAGAAAGGAGUGUCACCUGCUCAAGCUGUAAAGGCCAGUUUAAUAUCAUCUUGGGGGGAUGAUCCAGUUGUAAAAUUCAGUGGAAAACAAGAAAAUAAACAGGAAAAAUCAUUAGCUAAAAAUUUUUCAAGUUCUAUGUCUGGCCCUCAGACAAUGAAAGUAUCUGUUGUAGGAGGUGCAGCUGUCGAUCCUGAAAGUGGUCUUGCAGACAAAACCCAUGUAUAUCAAAGCAGAGGUGAUAUAUAUAAUGCAGUGCUUGGGAAAGUGGACAUUGCUAAAGGAACAAACACAUAUUACAAACUACAGCUGCUAGAAUCAAAUAAAGGAUCAAAAUAUUGGAUAUUCAGAGCAUGGGGUAGAGUGGGUACAACAAUCGGAGGCAGUAAAAUUGAAAAAAUGGACAAUAUAAAUGAUGCUAUUUCUGCAUUUAAGGCUUUGUAUUUUGAAAAAACAAAUAAUGAAUGGCAGAAUAGGAAAAAUUUUGUCAAACAACCUGGUGGAUUAUAUCCUUUGGAUAUAGAUUAUGGGCAGGAAUGCAGUGAGUUGCAAGAACUGAAACCUGGUGCCAACUCUAAACUUCCUAAGCCCAUUCAGGAAUUAAUAUGUUUGAUAUUUGAUAUUGAAGAAAUGAAAAAAGCUAUGCUUGAAUUUGAAAUUGAUCUUAAAAAGAUGCCACUUGGAAAACUGUCGAAGAAACAAAUUGAGGCUGCUUAUGCAGUGCUUACUGAAGCUCAGCAGGUGUUGACAGAUGGUUGUAAUCCAACAAAAUUAUUAGAUGUUUCCAAUCGUUUCUACACUCUAAUACCUCAUGAUUUUGGUUUGAAGAAGCCACCUCUUCUUGAUAAUGAAGAUUUAAUUAAGUCGAAAAUUGAAAUGUUGGAAUCACUGCUGGAGAUAGAAUUUGCCUACAAUCUGCUGAAAGGUGAUGGAGCAGAGAGCACAAAAGAUCCAGUGGAUGAACAUUAUGAUAAAUUGAAAACAGAUAUAGAAACUUUGACUCGUGAUUCUGAAGAAUACAAACAUAUUGAAACAUACCUGCAUAAUACACAUGCAAAAACUCAUGAUCAGUAUACUUUAGAGUUAGAUGAGGUAUUUACAAUCAAGAGACGUGGAGAAAGUGAAAGGUAUAAAAAAUUCAAAGGUUUGCAUAAUAAAAAGCUUCUUUGGCAUGGAUCAAGAUUAACGAAUUAUGUUGGCAUCUUGUCUCAGGGUCUUCGAAUAGCUCCUCCUGAAGCUCCAGUGACGGGUUAUAUGUUCGGAAAAGGUAUAUACUUUGCUGAUAUGGUUUCUAAGAGUGCUAACUAUUGCUAUACAACUAAGAAAAAUCCAACUGGACUUCUAUUACUUUGUGAAGUGGCACUUGGAAAUAUGUAUGAGAAAACACAUGCAGAGUUUGUUGAAAAAUUGCCAGUGGAUAAGCAUAGUACAAAAGGCUUAGGUAUGACCAUUCCAGAUCCUAAAGAGAAGGCUUUUAUUGGAGAUGUUGAAGUACCAUUUGGUAAGCCUGUGAAGAGUAAUAUCCCAAAUAGUGCUCUUCUUUAUAAUGAAUAUAUUGUUUAUAAUGCAAACCAAGUUAAUAUUAAGUACCUGCUGAAGGUAAAUUUCAAGUGGAGGAGACCAUACUAAAACUCUCUUAAUAUAUAGAGGUAAAGGAAAACAGUAUUAUGCAGCUAAUCUAGCCUCUUGCGCCAAAAUCUGUAAUUUUUGUCAAUAACUAUUAAAAAUAAUAGCUUUGUACUAAACCUCACAUGUCCUAAUGUAGUAUAAUUUUAUGUAAAAGAAAUAAGUUCCAUUUGGAACUUUAUGUUAAUUGUAUUAGAUAUUAAAAUUUAUAAUAAAGCUUAUUUUUAUGUUGU